GCACACUGCAGCUAGGAAAGCCCUCUGAAAUGUUUAUGGGUCUGGGAAGAUUUCUGAGCGGACUUCAACAAAGUAACCAAACGGGGGAAAGCGCUACAAGAACCUGGAGUCCGAGCUGGAAAAUAUGCGCUAGUCUUCGCCUGUGAGCAGCUGGACUACAGAAGAAGCACCCCGUCAUCAUGGAGCUGGAGGAGAAGAAGAAAUACGCAUGAGGUCUGUGGGAAAAAGGGUGGAGACUGGUAACAUGCAGGCAGGUGGAAGCAGUUGCUUUCACAAGCAACAGAAGAGGAGGAGCGUCACAGGUUAUUCAGACAGGUCGGACUGGUUUCGCACUCCGUUUGUGCUUCUCUCAUUUAUUCACUGGCAGGAGCAGAAGUUGCCUUUUUCUGUACAUCUCGGCCCUGAAAGCGAGCUUCAACAUGCCUGAGGAGGAAGAUAGCUAUGGAAAACACGGCGAGCCCUUCAAGCACGACCCCUCCUUCAAGGGACCCAUCCAGAACAGAUCCUGCACCGACAUCGUCUGCUGCAUCCUCUUUGUUGUCGCUAUAGUGGGCUACAUUGCAGUGGGAGUACUUGCCUGGUCUCAAGGCGAUCCAAGGAAGGCGAUCUACCCAACAGAUAGUAGAGGCGACUUCUGCGGACAGGUCGGGACUCCACUCGAGUCUAAGAGGAAGUUGUUCUACUUCAACAUCAUGAAGUGUGCCAGCCCCAUGGUGCUGCUUUCAUUCCAGUGUCCAACCACACAGCUGUGUGUGGAGAAGUGUCCAGACAAGUUCAUGACCUUAGGCAAAGCCCAUUCCAACGACAAAGAUUUUGAUUACUACAAAAACUUCUGCAAGGAGACUGUGACACGUUCAAUGAGUAUACCAGAGAUUCUUCGUGAACGUCUCUGUCCCCCUAUGCUGAUCCCCAGCAAGUCAUUCACCCGUAGGUGCUUUCCGGAUUUGGGCCUUAAAGGAGGUGUAGUAACUGUCGGAAACAGCACCACGUUUGAUGAUGGAUCUGGAUACAUGAGGGAUGCUAAAGAUCUCGUGGAUGGAGUAAAGAAUGCCACUGUGGUGAUGGAGGCUCGUCAGGUGGUUAUGAAAAUCUUUGAGGAUUACACUCAGUCCUGGUACUGGAUCCUUAUAGGGCUGGUGAUCGCCAUGCUCCUCAGUCUGCUGUUCAUCGUCCUCAUGCGCUUCCUGGCCGGCAUCAUGAUCUGGAUCAUCAUCAUUGCAGUGAUAGCUGUAAUAGGAUACGGAAUCUUUCACUGCUACAUGGAGUAUGCCGACCUGAAGAACGAGCCGGGCGCUAACGUGACUCUGCAGGAACUGGGCCUCCAGACAGACUUCACCGUCUACCUGCACAUCAGACAAACAUGGCUGGCCUUCAUGAUUAUCCUGGCCAUCAUGGAGGUCAUCAUCAUCCUGCUACUCAUCUUCUUGCGGAAGAGGAUCCUCAUUGCCAUUGCUCUCAUCAAAGAGGCCAGCAAAGCCAUUCGAUACAUGAUGUGUUCCAUGUUUUACCCGCUGUUCACCUUCUUGCUCCUGGCAAUAGUUGUUGCUUACUGGGCCGUAACUGCUGUCUUCUUGUCCACUUCCAAUGAGGCCAUCUACAAAGUGGUCAAUCAGUCGGCCUGUGUGCACUCUGGAGAAAAUUGUGAUCAUGCUAACUAUUCCACGAGUAAGAUGAAAGCAGAGUGCCCGGAUUCAGAGUGCAAUUUUGCCUUCUACGGCGGAGAAACGGUUUACCACAAGUACCUGAUUGCCCUGCAGUUCUACAAUGUCUUCCUCUUCUUCUGGUGCGCCAACUUCGUCACCGCUCUGGGCCAGAUGUCUUUAGCCGGGGCUUUCGCCUCCUACUAUUGGGCCUACUCCAAGCCAGGCGACAUCCCCACCUUCCCAGUGUUUUCCUCAAUGGGGAGAUCUCUAAGGUAUCACACAGGGUCUCUGGCGUUUGGUUCUCUAAUCUUAGCAGUCGUUCAGAUCAUCAGAGUUCUGCUGGAAUAUUUGGACCACAAGCUGAAAGGAGCCCAAAACAAAUUUGCAAAGUUCCUGCUGUGCUGUCUGAAGUGCUGCUUCUGGUGUUUGGAGAAAUUCAUCAAGUUCCUGAACAGAAACGCCUACAUUAUGGUGGCGAUCCAUGGCAAAAACUUUUGCGCCUCUGCAAUGAAUGCUCUCAAUCUCCUCAUGAGAAACUUUCUCAGGGUCGCUGUCGUAGAUAAGGUGACGGACUUCCUGUUGUUUUUGGGAAAACUGCUCAUCGUUGGGCUUGUGGGGGUCUUUGCCUUCUUUUUCUUCUCUGGAAGAGUGAAAGCCUUUGAGAAUACAGCUCCCAACCUGCACUAUUACUGGGUGCCAAUCCUGACUGUGGUGAUUGGCUCGUUUCUCAUCGCCCACGGGUUCUUCAGUGUAUACGACAUGUGUGUGGACACGCUGUUCCUCUGUUUCUUGGAGGACCUGGAGAGGAAUGAUGGGAGCUCUGAGAGGCCAUACCUGAUGCCCGAUAGCCUCCUCAAGAUCCUAAAUAAGAAGAACAAGACCAAAGCAGGGGAGUAGAACCUUUGAUCAAACUGUGCAGCCCCAUAUGAGACCAGUCCAUUAACUCAGAGACUGUGGCUUUGAGGAACACUUUGCCGAAGACGAGAACCAAAGUCCCUGAAUCAUCAGGAUUUGCGUGACGUCCUCCUAUGUCAGAUGUAUUUACUUCGUAAUGGGUCGGAGCGUCUGUCUGCAUCACACACCGUCAUGUCCGUGUUUUUCUAGCUUUCAAGGUUUUCCAGUUAAGUGAAUUUUUAAAGUCUCUUUAAUCAGUUUCUCUUUUUUUAUUGCAUGUUUUUAAGAGUUUUUUUUUUUAAAAUCAUGCAAAUUUUCUCCAGCAUGUUUUAUGUUGUUAUAUGAAGGUACACGGUAACUUCUUGAUGUUUAAAGCGCUUUUACAACUUCAUGUGUAAUCUUAUUUUAUUUUACUAAAGCCAUCACACUGCCAGACAGAGGCCUCCUCUACUUUUACAUUAUGGGAAGGGUUUUAUUAGAUACCAAAGCACAGUUUAUAUAAAUGUACAGGUUUGUAUUUGGGACAUAUGCUGUAUUUGUUUAAAAAUAAAACUGUUUUAUAUAUAAAUAUAUAUUUUAAAAAACUA